AUGGCCAAAAGUGCUGAAGCAGAAGUGGAAAAAAUGAAGAUGUUAGAAGAGAGAAUUAAAGCACCUUCAAUAUGGGGUAGAGUUCCAUGUGGCAUUAGAUUUGAAGAUCUACAAGAUAGACGUUAUGAAGAUGCAGUGAAAUUUGUAAAGAAGCAUUUCAUACGUGAAGAGAUUACAUAUAGAUCAGUGAAGUUAGAUGAAGAUGUAGAAGGAAGGGAUGAGUUUGCACAUAAUGUUAGAAUUUGGAUGAAAGAUAAGAUGUCUAUAGCGGCAGUUAAAGAAGGAACUGAUAAACUUGUGGGAGUUCUCAUUAUGAGGAUACAAGAAAAGAAUGCGUUUUCACGAACAUUUAGCCGUGUGAAGCUAACCCACAAUCCUCUAUACACAACAGUCAUGAAGUUUUACAAUGAAAUCGAGAAACCUGUGGAUAUUUUCCAUAAGCUUGGUGUCAGAAAAUAUUUUAAGGUUUACAUAAUGGCGCUGAAGCAGAGGUACAGGCAUAGAGGUAUAGCAAAAGAAAUGUUGAAAUCAGCAAUUCCAUUAGCAGCAAGCGCAAAUGUGCCAGCCAUUGCUGGUAUUUUCACAACAGCAAGAAGUCAGCAGAUCGCCCAAGAGAUUGGAUUCGAGAAACUCAAUGAAAUAUAUUAUAUUAGAUACCUCAUCGAUGAGCAGGUGAGUCAUAAUUUAGGCAGCUAACUUAAAAAUUAUAAAGUAAUAGCUGUUUUCCUGCGACUUCACAAGAAUAAAUUAUAGGCUAUGUCGACCCCGUAUUAUGUAGCUUCCCGUAGGUGAAAGAAUUUUAAAAUCUCCGGAGUUUAUUCGAUGCAAACAGACAAUCAAAUCUUUUCUCUUUAUAAUAUUAGUAGUCUACUAGGUAGUCCUGUAUGAUACAUAUCAACUUACCUCUUGAAUCACUCUGUAUAUUGAUGUAAAUGGCGUCAGAAUCCGUUGUACAGAUUAAAAGGUCUCAGCGUAAAACAAUGGGAAGCCAUUUUGUUUUAUACUAUGAGUAUAUACGAAAUUGACAAAAUUUAAUUUUUUAAAUAAAACAUUGUAGGUGGUGUUCUGGGAUACCGGUCUUGGUAA